CAGAACUCAUGUUUGCUGUGUGUGAGAGAGCACAUGGGAGUACAUAGGAGCCAUACAACAUAGAAGAAAAUAGAGACCGAAAAAACGUAACUAUGUCAAAGAGUCGAGCAGACUUCUUCAGCGCCGCAGAACAGAGAAUACUACUGAAAGUCUACCAGGAUUACAGAGCAGUAAUAACACAAAAAGGCAACACACUUGCGAUCACCAGGGCAAGAGACAUGGCGUGGCAGGAGAUUGCGGACCGCCUGAAUGCGAGUGGUGUUAAUACUGUCAAAAGGACUGCUUUGCAAGUAAAGACGAAGCACAAAAACAUUAUACAGAGUGCUAUCAAAAAGAGGGCAGAAGCUCAGAAGGCCUCGGGAGUUGAGAGUCGCCCCCCUCUCUCUCCGCCAGAGGACGUGGCCUUGGCACUGUCCCUACACCGUGGUCGACCCAUGGUGGACGGGAUCAUAGGAGGAACCUCAUCAGAGAUACUGCCAUCAAGCUGCCGUGAAAAGUACAUUCAAGUUACUGAAGAUGGUAGUAUGCAGUUGCUGGACCCACCUCAGCAGUCCUCAAACAGCGCUUCGCCCAACUCAUAUAAAACUGGAAAAUGGAGAUUUGAUGAGGAGAUGUUGUCUGGUGACGGUAUCCCAGAGGAUGAAGAUGUGAGCUCCGUAUACAAAAGACACCUGCUCCUGAAAAUGGAGUAUCACAAAUUAAAAAUGAGGAAAGUACAGCUGGAGAUCAAGAAACUACAGAAAGAGCUUGGUGAAGAUGAAUAAAGCAAUUGAAACCAA